AUGGCCGAUAUCAGUGGCGCUACCCCUUGUAUACUAUACCCUUUAAUCCUUCUCGCUCUCCUUUUCUCUUCACUUAACAAUUUCGUCACCAAAACUUCUGCUCCUCUAUCUCAUAAUACUUCAGAAAUAAUUGCUCCUAUUACUAGUGUAGUUAACGAUGAUCACUUUUUCAUUGCAAGUACUAAUAGUACCACGAAUAAAGUGCAAAAAGAGUGGCACUCGAAGAGCAGGAUUGAAACAAUGGAGGAAGGGUUGGCAAGAGCAAGAGCAGCAAUAAGAAAGGCAACUCGAACGCGUAAUUAUACAUCGUACAAGGAGGAGAGCUUUGUCCCUAGAGGAUCCAUCUACAUAAACCCUUACGCCUUUCAUCAGAGCCAUAUUGAGAUGGAGAAGAGAUUUAGAGUAUGGACGUAUAGGGAAGGAGAGCAACCACUAUUCCACAAAGGGCCAAUGAAUGAUAUUUACUCCAUUGAGGGGCAAAUUAUUGAUGAAUUGGACAGUGGCAAGAGCCCAUUUUCAGCUAACAAUCCUGACGAGGCACUUGCGUUUUUCGUCCCAGUUAGCGUAGCCAGUAUCAUUCAUUUCAUCUAUAUAAGACCUUAUGUCACCUACUCCCGUAAGCAAAUCCAGGACGUUGCUGAGGACUACAUUGACAUCAUUUCCAGGAAAUAUCCUUACUGGAAUAGAAGCAGUGGAGCUGACCAUUUUAUUAUUUCUUGCCAUGAUUGGGCACCAGAUGUUUCAGCUGCCAACCCUGAAUUGUACAAGCACUUUAUUAGAGUUCUAUGCAAUGCCAAUUCCUCUGAAGGGUUCAAACCAGCAAGGGAUGUCUCCUUGCCAGAAUUUAAGCUCCCGCGUGGAAAGUUAGAACCACCACACAUCCUCCAGCCUAGUAAUGACAAUCGCUCGAUCCUUGCCUUCUUUGCCGGGGGUAGUCAUGGGCAUGUAAGAAACAUAUUGUUCAAACAUUGGAAAGGCAAAGACAACGAGAUCCAAGUUCAUCAAUACCUCCCCGAAACCCUAAAUUACACUGAGCUGAUGAGUAAAAGCAAGUAUUGCUUGUGCCCUAGUGGAUGGGAGGUGGCGAGCCCUAGGGUAGUCGAGGCAAUAUACUCAGGUUGUGUUCCAGUUAUCAUUUCAGACUAUUAUGUCCUACCUUUUAGCGAUGUUCUUGAUUGGAGCAAGUUCUCGGUUUAUAUUCCGGUUGCAAGGAUACCAGAGAUUAAGACAAUUCUACAAAGCAUUCCUGUAGAGGAGUAUUUGGAGAAGCGAACGAGGGUUAUUCAAGUGCAGAAACAUUUCAAGCUCAAUCGACCAGCUAAGCCCUUUGAUGUAACGCAUAUGGUCAUGCAUUCUGUGUGGCUCCGGAGGCUUAAUAUCAGGCUGCCAGUAUGA